GCCCUCGACGAGGUCCACGCGCACGGCGUCGUCCACCGCGACGUCAAGCCGGCGAAUAUCUUCCUCGACGCCUGCGGGAGGCUCAUCCUCGGCGACUUCGGCCUCGCGCGCGCGUUCGCGGACGCGGGCACGACGGACGAGGGCGAGCUGCGAUAUCUGGCGCGUACCCGAUGCGGGACGCCGGCGUACGUUGCGCCGGAG